UGAAGAAGUAGGCCUAUGUCACUUUACUGGAACCCGUCGUCAGCUCUGAAGCCUCUGGCAUGGUGGCGUGACAAAAAUGUCCAGUUUACCGGGAACUUCCAAGCCGCAAGAGUUAGAGGCCAGUGUUAUUGCUGCUGCACAAGGCCUCAUAAACGUGCUAACGCAAAACAUUCAGCAGCAUCACACCCCAGCACAGCAGAAUCCAGUGCCGUCACAUGAGCACCAGAAUCGACAACAAGCACAAACCCGGAAUAUUGCUUCAGGUCAAGGGAGGUGUUGCUGAAGUUGAGAGAGAUGGCAGAUUCGCGACCCCAACAGAGGACUGAACCUUUGAUUGUGAGGCAGUUCAUGGAGAGAAUGCUGAGAAGGCUUCAGGAAGUUCUGCGACGUCAGCCUGUGGAUUUGGAUUAUUUACACUUUGUUUUAAGUCAUGAAGUGGGACUUGUUCGCUCUUUUGCCAAUGUAGUAGAACUGCCUCAAGGUGUUGUUCGUGCUUUAUCUGACUUAUUAAGACUUCUUCGUUUACAAGAGGAGAGUUAUCCAGCUGCUACCUAUGCAGAGGUUCUGGGUGGUAGGGGACAGCCAAAACUUGUAAUUUCUAAAGGAUGUCUUCAAAACCUAAUCGACAUGCAGUUGCCCAUCCCCUGUGUAGCUAAGCUCCUGGGUGUCUGCAAAAGGACAGUGUAUCGGCGGAUGCGUGAGUAUGGACUAUCAGUUACGGGAUCAUACAGCAAUCUCACAGAUGAGGAGCUGGACAAUCUUGUGCGCUCAGUUAAAUUGAAGAUGCCGCAUAAAGGCUAUAGAAUGAUGAAGGGUGAACUGCAAGCGAUGGGACACCGUGUCAGAUGGGACCAGGUUUCAGCAUCCAUGCACAGGGUGGAUUCUGCAGGGAUCUUGGAGAGAAUAACACGUUUAGGCUGUGUUGCUAGAAGAACAUAUUCUGUCAAGGGUCCCCACUCACUGGUCCACGUGGACACAAACCACAAACUUUUAUCAGGAUGCGGGUAG